AUGGGAAAGACCGAUUUACCACUACGUGAGAGAAUACGUAAUCACCGUUCUAGCAUACGUGUAGCCUAUAGAGACAAAGGCUCAGAACUGCCAGUGGCUAAACAUUUCCUGGAGUUUAAUCAUCCUCUUCCCACAAUGAAAUUCCUGGCAAUUGAUCACAUCCCACAACCUUUACGGCGUGGUGAUCGCAAGAAGCUCCUAUUACAAAGGGAGCUACACUGGAUCAGAACUCUCCACACAGUGCAACCUAAAGGACUUAAUGAAAAAGUAACCCUCCCAUACAGCCAAAGUGGGAUCCAGAUAGAAAGGAUUGAUGCAGAUCUAAAGAUCAGUGUUAAACUUAUGUUAGUCCUUGUCUGGCAUGAAGAUAAGAGUGUUCAACUAACUCUCAACAAGAAAUACAUGGGUGAAACAUGUGGUCUUUGUUCAAAUUACGACAGUGACCAGAAAAACGAUUUUACUGGGCAUGGGAAAAUAUUGACACCACUUAAAUUUGGAAACUUGCAAAAACUGAUGAAACCAGGCCAAAAAUGCAUAGACCCUAAUCCAAAGGAUGAAGAUCAAUGCAGAACUUUUAAAGCUUUGUCUUACAAGAUGUUGGCAAGUUCCAUGUGGGCAAAGUGUAACAGACUUGUGAAAGUAACAUCUUAUAUUAAGGCUUAUAUGGAGGACUUGUGUCUCUGUAACUCAUCAUCAACAUUAAGUUAUUUUUGUAAAUGUAACACCAUCAGUGAAUAUUCUCGACAGUGUGCCCUUGCAGGAGGAAAACCUCCAGACUGGAGAAACUAUGAGUUGUGUUGGCACUGGAACUGUGAGGACCUUCCCUGUCCAAGCUCAUGUUCUGUGGAAGGAGGAUCACACAUCACUACCUUUGACAAAGUUUAUUAUACUUUCCAUGGGAAAUGUCUGUAUGUUUUGACCAAGCCUUGUGCAGACAAUGCUUUUCUAGUUACUGUAGAAAUGCAGAAAUGUGCUUACAGUGAAACUGCCACCUGUUUAACACGAGUCCUCCUAUUCCUUGACAAUGGAGAAAAUAUUUUUGAAAUCAAGUAUGACAACAGUGAUUUUCCUCAAGUUACAUACGAUGUGAAAAAAAUGGCUCAAGGUCUGUGUGGGAACUUCAACAAUAUACAGAAAGAUGACUUUCGAACCAGUAAUGGUGCUAUAGAAGGCAAUGUUGCCGAUUUUGCCAAUACGUGGAAGACUCAGCAUUCCUGCAUGAAUAUCCAAAUUAUUCCUGAGCAUCCCUGUACAUAUGGCUUGGAAAUUGAAAAGUAUGCACACUAUUGGUGCAAUAUACUGAUUGACAGCGAAGGACCUUUUUCCGCAUGUCAUGCGUCAGUGAAUCCUGAACAUUAUCAACAGAACUGUCUUUUUGAUACAUGUUCAUGCAAAAGAGCAGAAGACUGUCUGUGUGCAUCCCUUUCAUCCUAUGCAUGGGCCUGUGCUGUAGCAGGAAUCCCCCUAAUUGGAUGGAGAGAGGAAGUCUGCAGAAACUACAUGAGUUUCUGCCCCCCAACCUUUGUUUACAGUUACAGUGUAACAACUUGCAUACCUACCUGCCGUUCCCUUAAUGAACCAGACCCAACAUGCAGCAUCACGUUUUUUCCAGUUGAUGGUUGUGUUUGUCCACCAAACACCUAUCUGGAUGACCAUGGAGUGUGUGUGAAAAUGGAACACUGCUCCUGCUACUAUAAAGGUGUACCAGUGUUUCCUGAUAAACCGCUAUAUGCAGACAAAGUUAUUUGUGUGUGCAAGAAUCGGACUUGGGUAUGUGAUAAGAAACCAGAUAAAGGAAUCUGUACAGUGUAUGGAGAAGGGCAUCAUAUGACAUUUGACAAUAAGUGGUAUACUGCGAGUGGAGAUUGUGAAUAUACUCUACUACAGGACUACUGUGAUGCUGAUCACCUACAAAAAGGAACUUUCAGAAUCAACAUAGAAAACAUCCCUUGUGGGACUACAGGAACGUCUUGCUCCAAAGCCAUUUUAGUAUAUCUAGGAGUUCACAAGCUUAUUCUCGCAGAUGGACAAUUUGAAGUUGUAAGAAGAGCUAGCAAUAUUGAUAUCCCUUACAAAAUACGAAGUAUGGGCAAUUUCCUUGUCAUUGAAACCAUGAAUGGCAUUGUCCUAAUAUGGGAUAGAAAGACAAGUAUCUUCAUUCAUCUAAGCAUAGCUUUUAAGGGAAAGGUCUGUGGCCUUUGUGGAAAUUUCGAUGGCAACAGUAACAAUGAUUUCACUACUCGGAGCCAAUGUGUGGUUGAAGAAGUGACAGAGUUUAGAGACAGCUGGAGAUUAACUCCAGAAUGCCCAGAGGUCUAUAUAACCAAGGAACCAUGUGCUAUGAACCCCUACCGUGUCCCGUGGGCUCAAAAACGCUGCAGUAUUAUCACUAGUGAGGUGUUCUCUACAUGUCAUGAUGAGGUGGAUUCUGAGAAAUAUUACGAGUCAUGUGUCAGCGAUACCUGUGCAUGCGAUGUGGGAGGGGAUUGUGAGUGCUUAUGCACAGCUAUUGCUGCCUACGCUCAAGCUUGCAGUGAGGCCUGUGUGUGUGUAGAUUGGAGAACACCGGAUGUCUGCCCAAUGUUCUGUGAUUUCUAUAACACACAAGGUCACUGUGAGUGGCACUACAGAGCUUGUGGAGCUCCCUGCAUGAAAACUUGCAGAAAUCCAAGUGGAAUAUGCAUGCAUCAUCUUAAAGGUUUGGAGGGUUGCUAUCCAGUGUGUCCAGAGGAAAAGCCCUACUUCAGUGAAGAUGAAAUGCUAUGUGUGUCUCAGUGCGGCUGCUUGGAUGAUAAUAACAAUUAUUACAAGAUUGGAGAGAAGGUUGAAUCAUGCAAUUCCUGUGAAAGCUGGUAG